AGUCAGAAAAUGUUACAAUACCUGUUGGUUUGCUUCAUUUUAUUCAGCAGACGCAGCACCGACGGAAGCCUGUGCGCCACAAAGGUUAUAGUGCGGGUGCCCCGGGAUAAGGACAUUGGUUUGAUUUUUGAUCUGACCGUCACCAACCGCAUCAGAAGUGGCAAGAGGGAAACACUGGAUUUCACGGUCGUCUCCAACGGGCAAUGCACUGUGAACACCACCAGUGGAGAGCAGGUGCACUCGAUGGGACGGAUCUUUGGCGGCGACUUUGGGUCCGUCGAACCAGGAAAGAGUGAAACUGUUUCCCUGGUGUGGCCAACGGUGUCUCUGUACAAUCGGGUGGGCACUUGCCCCAUUUUGAUCUCCGCCACGUGUGCCCACGCCCAGGAUGCGGUGGCAACCGCCAGGCAAGUGCUGCACUUUGACACCCGCUUCGAGACCCUCGAUCCGCAAAGCAACAAACUGCGCAGGCGAAAGGACUUCAAGGACUGCCGCAACUGGGACAAGGACUACCUGCGCAACUGCACACCGCUGAAUUGCGAGGAGCGAUACUUCGGGCAGCGCAGCUUCUUCAACGUGGAAACAGAUCGGUGCGAACGGGUAUCCGAGUGCUCGAAUCCUGGGGAAUACUACGACAUUUUCAGCAACGAGGCCAUCGAGGCCGAUACAGGCAACUUUGUGUCGGAGGACGAACUCGAACUGAUCAAGCAAGGCAAGUUCGAUUCGAAUUUUUUGGAACUUCGGUCUCUACCGCAGGAAGAACCGAAUGAGGGUCCGGCAUAUCCUCUCAGGAAAAAGAGCAGACUACUUGAUGACUUAGAGCCUCACUUGUCCAAUCCCAUAAUGUCGGAGGAUUGUGAUAAGUCCCGAAAACUUACCCUGGCUGAUUUCAAUGAUUGCUUUCAGCACUUAAAAGAUGCUCAGUCCCUAGAAGACACUGUAACUGAGAAGAAGCUUAAGAAAAAGUCACCCUUCGAGGUGCCGCUGCUAACACAGCUCUAUUACGAUUGGUAUCUGCCACUGAGGGACGAUAACUGGGGUGAAGGUGGUGGAUUCAGUGCCGGAGGCGAUCCAAUACCCCAAACUGCCCCAUCAGGAUCGCCGCCCCUCAUACACUGGAUUAGUAAACUCGAUUGCAGCGGUUGGCUGUUGCUGAUCCUAAAAGGGAUCGCCAUUAUCUUACUGCUAAUUCUGUUUCAGAUUUUUGCCACUCUGACGACCUAUUUCCUGGUGUGCCUCGCUGUCUACGGCUUCAUGGAAGUUUAUACCUUUUGGACUUCUGACGAGGCCGCCGAAACUUUGAUGGGCGAUUCCAGUUCUCAAACUAGCACAUUUAUUCUUGUCACCACAGAGAGUCUGAUGUCCCAACGUUAACUGAGUAUAACGAAUUUUAA